AUGGCAGCAGCAGUGCCCCUUUUUGCAUCAUUCACUCGCUCCUCGAUCUCUACUCUCACUCUAUCACCAAAACUAUGUUCCCACGUUACAUCCCAUUUGCAGAACGGCCUUCGCUUUUCUCCCCUGUCGACUCCUCUGAAACUUCGUGGCACAAGCUCGAGAGGUAGAGUUGUCUGUUACAAGGACAACACGCCUGAUGAUAAUGUCAAAGAUGAUAAUUUAUUAAAUUGGAGAAUAUUGAAACGCUGGGACGUGCCUUGGAAUUGGCAAACAAUCUCUCUGACUUCACUUGCAUGUGGAUUGAGUUUUGCUUUGACAGGACUAAUUGAGGCCGCAGCUUUGCAGUACUCGGGAGUUAAAAUUGAGGAGUUCAGUUUGGAUGAGAAGGCAGAAAUCUUGCUUGUAGAUCAAGGCAUUGCCACAACAGUCGUUCUUGCUGUGCUGUACAGCCUGACAAAAUCGUUCUCUCCCCUUCCUGAUGACAUAUACAGAUAUGACUGGAGGAACCCUUUUGAUCUCAAGAAAGGUUGGUUGCUAUAUGCUGGAGCUGGUCUUGGUGGAGCUCUAGCUGCCAUAGCCAUUACAGGGGCUGCAAUGACAUUUUUCAAUGGUGAGCCCCCGCAGAGAGAGACCGAUGCUCUCGUGCUCUUGCUCCCAUUGAUUGGAUCAUCAACUGUCAGCACUGCCUGCUUGGUGGGCAUCACAGGUGUUCUUGCUCCGAUUCUCGAGGAGACCGUCUUUAGAGGGUUUUUAAUGGUCUCUCUUACCAAAUGGUUGCCCACACCAUUUGCUGUGCUUAUAAGUGCUGCAGUAUUUGCAGGAGCACAUCUCACUCCUGCAGAAUUUCCACAGCUCUUUGUUCUUGGAACCGCUUUGGGGUUUUCUUACGCUCAAACACGCAACCUUCUGACACCAAUCACGAUUCAUGCAUUUUGGAACUCUGGAGUUAUCUUGCUUCUAACUUUCCUGCAGCUUCAAGGAUACGAUAUCAAGGAAAUGAUACAGGGAUUAUGA